AAAAGACGGGGAAUGACAUCCGAAUUCCCUAAUUUCAUUAAUAAUUACAAUCAUGUCUGGAACCAAAGAACACACCAAAGACACAGCGCGUGUUGUUGCUGGCCUGAAAGCGGCUGUCCACAACCCUAAUGUGUCGGAUGAGGCCAAGGACAAUGCCUUGAAACGCCUUGAAGAGAUGGGCCAGUCAGCGGACCCCAUUACUCCAGCGCAAGCGAAAGCUACCCAAACGGCGGCAGCUGAGGCGCACGAGAAGAAUGUUCUACGAGGCUAUAAGGCAGCGACAUCCAAUCCCAAUGUUUCAGAGGAAGCCAAGCAACACGCCAGAGAAGUGUUGGAGGCUGCUGGCAUCCAGCAUAAACUUGAUACACAUUCAGAUGAGGAACACCAACACCGAGUCCUUGCUGGAUACAAGGCGGCCAUCCAUAAUCCGAACGUUUCAGCCGCGGCCAAGCAACAUGCUAGAGAGUAUCUGGCAGACAGUGGGUUUACCGAUGUGAUUUGAUUGAAAAGAAGCUGUAUGGGAUGCUCGUAUUUGAAUCGCAUGUU